AUGGCACCGGCACCCGCCCCAGCGGGCAAUAGAGGAAACGGAUCGCGAAAUCUGAGAGAUAUGAUGGCACCAAGCACCACCAAUAACACCUCCGAGACCUCCCGACCUCCAACCCCAGCACCAGCAACAGCGAUACCAACACAAAGCAGACGCACGCCACCCAAAUUGACAACUCCGGAGAUCAUAGCUCUGAACAACAAAGUUAUCAAUGUGAUGAUGGGCAAAGCUUACUUGGAACGUAUCGCCCUCGCUAUCAGUGGGAAACCAUACACAAUAGAUGCUAUAUCCGAAAUACUCCUACACACAACUCAGCUAACCAGCAUAUCCCUCCCCGCACAAACAGCAAUUCAUGCAGUGGCUUUCGUUCUGAAGGAAGUUGUAACAGACAAAACCACUGAAAUCAUAGCAAGACAUGUCACAGCUGCGAUAUCUCCCCACAUAGCUAAGCUACAAGAUACUGAAGAAAAACUAACAAAAUUAUCCACAGAUAUAAAUGCAACAUUGGCCUCCCAAAGCCUGCAACUAGAGAAAAUCCAAACGACAGUAGACACCCUCUCAAAGCAAGCAACUGAAUCCACAAACUCCAAACCAUCAUAUGCAGCUGCAGUCAUGACAAGCCAAGGCCAACAACCGGAAACAGAGACUCAAGCCCAUUGA